AUGAGAACAUCCAGGAGCAGCGCAGCCUUAGCUCAGGGGCCAUCGACAAUUAACCCCCAACCUUCUCACACAUUACACGAGAUACCUCCUCCCAAACCACUAAUCCUUCUCCCGGACUCAACACCCGAGCUCAUUCGGGACAUCAUCGAGUGCGCGAUAGAGAAUGGCUUGGGACAGGUUGAAGAAGUUAAGCAAAGAAAAGAAGCACUGCGGAGGUCCAACAAUGAGUCAGGACCGGACACAUCUGAUUCCUCGAGGCUGUCGCUCAUGGGAAUUCGCUCUGCCUUCAAGAAGACAAAGGAUCUCAUCGUGAGCAAGCCGGAUUCCUCUACUAAUGGCAAGAGCAAGCACAGGGGCUUGUCAUACUUCAGCCGGAGGAAUGAAGACUCCCAAUGCAUCGGCUGCCUAGAGAACGUCAAACGCCCCAUCCGCAGCCCCUGCAACCACUUUUACUGCGACAUGUGCUUCAAUAAGCUGAUCCUGGCCGCCGUCCAGAAUCCCAUCCAAUGGCCGCCCAAAUGCUGCCGCAAUACCAUCCCUGAAAGGUCCAUCGAAAAGUAUGCUAGCACGGACGCCAUCUGCCGUUGGCGCCGCAAGAAAGAGGAGAUGGAUACCCCUGGUGACCAGCGUGUCUACUGCGCCGUGAAGGAUGAGAAAACGGGCGAGCUGUGCAAUGAGUGGGUAGGUGUUAGCACCAACGACAUCGCGGCCGAAGGGACAUGUCCGAAGGGGCACAAGAUGUGCAUGUGCUGCCGCGGUCCGGCCCACGGGAUUGCUGGCAGGUGUCCGGGGAAGUACAAAGUUGAUCCUGGCGAGGAGGAGCAGGUACUGCGGCAGCUGGCUGCGGAGGAAGUGUGGCAGCGGUGUCCUGGGUGUAAGGCUUAUAUUGAGCAUACCGGUGGGUGUGUGACUAUGCAGUGCCGCUGCGGUAGACGCUUCUGCUUCUCCUGCCUUGGCAAGGCUGGCCGUUGUAGUUGUACUUCAAGCACUAUAAAACAAAAGAAGGUUGAAGCUCAAAAGGAACGCAGAAUGCGGUUGAAAGCCGAGAGAGAAAUCGCCGAGCGUGAGCGGAUACAAGCAGAGCUGGCACAGCGGCGAAGAGAGCGUGAACUUGCUCAGAAGAGCGCCCAGGAAACCGGGAGGGAGGAGAUAAUAGAACUCUUGCAAGACAAGCUGGCUUUAAUAAAAGAAAUACAGAGGGUAGCUCUGGAGAGGCAACAGGAACUUGAACUAGAGGUGCUCAGGCUGGGAGGUACUCUGGAUAGGCGGGAGGAUCUUAGAGAGAGAGGUUGA